AAAACGUUUUUCCGAGUGGACAAAGACGGUCGACAAGGAGAUACGCACUUUAGUCGACGUCGUUCCUUCGACUCGAUCGCAGUCGUGUCGUUUCGCGUUGUUUGGCGGCCCCGUGUGCAGUCGAGAAACUCGCGGCGUACAAGAGUUAAGAGAAAACAGUAAAAGGCGAGAGAGGGGGAGAGAAGCUCUGGGCAGCAUCAUGAGGGGCCCGAUGCAUAUGUUCGGUAAGCUCAUGAACGGCACGAGGGACGAGAAGAGGGAGUUGGCCCACAAGCUCGGAAGGUACGCGAUCGGCAUGUUCCUCUUUGGUUUUAUAUUCGGCUUCAUCCUGUUCCCCGUCAUACUCAAGAUCGCUUUCAAAAAGCAAGUCGCAUUGAAACCCGGUGGAAAGGUGCGCGGCAUCUGGUCCAAGUUUCCGUUCCCGCUGGAUUUCAAGAUCUACCUGUUCAACGUGACGAAUCACGAGGAGGUGGAGAAGGGCGCCAAGCCCCGCGUCCAACAGGUCGGCCCGUACUUCUUCUACGAGUGGCACGAAAAGGUGGACUUGGUCGAUCGCAAGGAGGACGACACGGUGGAGUACGCAGUCAAGAACAAAUUUAUCUUCGUGCCGGAAAUGAGCGAGGGACUGACCGGCGACGAGAUCCUCGUGAUGCCGCAUAUAUUCAUGCUGUCGGCGUACAUGGCCACGGUUCGGGAUAUGCCCCACACGUUACCCAUCGUCCAGAAAGCCAUCAACAGCGUAUUCAAAGCUCCGAAGAGCAUAUUCAUCAAGGUGCGCGCCAUGGACAUGAUGUUCGACGGGCUGCCGAUCGACUGCCGAGGCGUCACGGACUUUGCCGGUAACGCCCUGUGCUCGAAGGUGCGCGAGAUAGCCGAGGGCGCGAUGGUGAUCGACGAGCCCGAUCUCUACCGAUUUUCUCUCCUCGGAGCCAAAAACAACACGGCCUCGCUGAAGCGCAUGCGAGUGCUGCGCGGCUCGAAGCGCCUCAACGACGUCGGCAAGGUGGUCGAGUACGACGGCAAGAGCAACAUCAGCGUGUGGGACGACGAGCGCUGCGACCAGUUCAACGGCACCGACGGCUACGUCUUCCACCCGAAACUCUACGAGGACGAGGACAUCGUGUCGUUCGCCCCGGACAUCUGUCGCAGCCUCAGCCUCACCUAUCGCAAGAAGACCAAGGUCAAGGGCCUUACCACGAAUCGCUACUCGGUCGAGCUCGGGGACGCGAGCACCGAUCCACGGCUCAAGUGCUACUGCAAGGGGCCCGACGACUGCACCAAGGCGGGCGUGAUGGAUCUGCACAAGUGCGUGGGCGUGCCCCUGGUCAUAUCGCUGCCGCACAUGCUGCUCGUGCACGACGAUUACAGGAAGACCGUCGACGGCUUGAAGCCGACCGAGGAGGAGCACGCGAUAUUCGUGGAUUUUCAAGGCUUGGCCGGUGCCCCGCUGUACGCCAAGAAGAGGCUGCAAUUCAACAUGUUCGUUCAUCCGGUGGAAAAGGUCAAGAUUCUCAAGACCUUUGCCACUGCUCUGUUACCCCUGGCCUGGGUCGAGGAGGGCGUUCUGCUGCCCAAAUUUAUGAUAAGGGAGGUGCGGAUGGGACAGUACUCGGUGAAAACCGUCAAUUUCAUCAAGUACUUCCUGAUGCUGGCCGGUAUGAUACUGGGCGGUAUCGCCGGUUUCCAUUAUCAUCAGGCCGGCAAGAACGGCACCAUGGUUAAAAAGGCCAAAAUUUUGGACAGUCCCGGCAGCGACAACAAAAACGGCAACUACGACAACGGCGGCGAUAAAAAAACCAACGGAGUCGAGAGAAAAAUAUCGACCAUCAACGCGGCCACUUUGCCGGUUCGAGUGCCGACUUCGCUCGAUUGAAAAGUAUAUAAUACGGGAUUGUAUACAGUUUUAUUUUUUUUUUUUCUGUUUUAUUUCGUUUUGUGCCGCGAACGAGAGCGAAGCAAGGUAAUGUGGCCUUUCGAACGAUGUCGCGUUUUUAUUAUGACAUAAAACGAAUCCGAGUAUUACGU